AUGGCCGACUCUCACUUGUCCGGCGCCGUGGGAAGCCACAACAUCAGCUCCCAUGCCGUCAGUGCUUGGAACAUCACCGGCAGCGGCCCGUGGUUGCUCGCCUUCAUGCUGACCGCCAUCAUCCUCAUGACGGUCUGCGGCAACAUGUUGCUCAUCGCCGUGGUGUUCGCCCAUCGCUCUUUGCGUUGCACCUCAAACUGCUUCCUGGUGUCUCUGUUCCUGUCCGACCUGAUGGUGGCGGUGGUGGUCAUGCCGCCAGCCAUGCUCAACGUCUUGUGCGGGGCCUGGGUGCUGUGGCCGGCCUUUUGCCCCAUUUGGCUCUGCUUCGACGUCAUGUGCUGCAGUGCGUCCAUCCUCAACCUGUGCGUGAUCAGCCUGGACCGCUACCUCUUCAUCAUCUCGCCGCUGCGCUACAAGCAGAGGAUGACCCCGCCCCGGGCGUUGCUCCUGGUGGGAGCCGCUUGGGGGUUGGCGGCAUUGGCCUCCUUCCUGCCCAUCGAGAUGAAGUGGCACAGCUUGGGCCAUGGGAGCGGCAACAUCAGCUCCUACUCUGACACGCUGUACCCAGCAUCCUACUUUCAGCUGUCACCAUCAGGGGGCCUUUCCUUCCAGUGCCGCCUGCAGGUCACCUUGCCCUUUGCCCUGGUGGCGUCCGUGCUCACGUUCUUUCUGCCCUCCAGUGCCAUUUGCUUCACUUACUGUCGGAUCCUCCUGGCGGCGCGGAGGCAAGCGAAGAGGGUCGCGGCGCUGAGCCACCCACCACACCCGCACCCCUCUCUAGGCGAGCCUUCCAGGCCUCCUUCGCCUGGGGUGGCAGCGGGGCAAGCUCACCAGGACGGAGAUGACUGCAGUCACCAGGAACCUCCUGUGUCACAGAAUGUACCGCCGUCGGUGAACAGUGAGCGUCGCCUUGCUCACAGGCAGGGUCGGAGGGCACUGAAGGCCAGUCUGACUCUGGGAGUCCUCUUGGGACUCUUCUUCAGUGCUUGGUUGCCCUUUUUCAUCACCAACAUGGCCCAGGCGGUGUGUGAGUGCGUUCCCCUGGCGCUCUUCGACGCCAUCACCUGGCUGGGUUACUGCAACAGCACCAUGAACCCCAUCAUCUACCCGCUGUUCAUGCGGGACUUCAAGCGUGCGCUGGGGAGGCUCCUGCCCUGCUGCUCCUCGCAGUCGCCCCGGAGACCCUCGCCGGCGCUCUCGCUCUCCCUCCGCAACUCCGAGCCCAACCCCGCCAGCAGCCCCGCUUCCCCGCUGGCCUCUGACCCCACGCACCCGCCCGCCACCGCCACCACCGACGCGGUCAACCUGCUGGACGCCGAGCACGCUGGCAUCGAGUUGCCUCUGCUUCUGCCCAAUCAGGUCGACACCCUGGAUUGA